AUGUCAUGCGAUGAGAUAGCCUCUUUUGAAACGUCGGAUAGGUAAGUUCCAAGUUAUUUUAUGAUAAUGUAGGUUUUAGCUCAGAUUUUGCUAUGUUAACCUUGAUUUUCUUUCAGAAUUUGCUAUGUUAACAUAGGUUUUGAUAUAUUGUGGAUGAUUUUUAGUCAAAAAACCGAUUUUUUCUCAAAAUUUUAAAAAGAUUUUUAAAAAUUUUGAAAAUUCAUGGUCAUUUACAUCUAUAAACUACCAUUUUGAUACCUAAACACCCACCAUUUCACUAAAAUUUCAAUUUUCUCCCACUAAAUUCUAUGUUAUCCAUGAUAAAAAGCUCUAAAAUCCUUGAUUUCUCCCUAAAACAUGUCAGUUUUCAGCAUAACUAACAGUCAAGACAUUGCUUCGUCAUCGGAUUCAGAGUUGGACACUCAUUUGUUUGUUCAAAAACGAAAAGAAGAUCACUUACUUUCGUGGAGUUGUGAUGAAAGUUAUACAGUGAGUUUUUGCUUGAAAAUCAGUAAAAAAGUGAUCUUUCUUUGAGAUUUUUGUAUAAAUUUUGUUGUUUUAUAAUUUUUAAAGAGUUUAAAACAAUUUUUGAUAGAUUUUGUUAAGUUUUUAAGCCUAAAACCAUUAAAAACCGGACAAAAACAUGUUUUUCUCUUUGUUUUUGUUUAUUUCCCAUUCCGAAUCGGAACAAGAGAGAAACGAAGAGCCGAACGCUCAGAGCCUCCUUAGCUCAGCGGUAGAGCGUUGGACUUUUAAUCCAACGGUCAGGGGUUCGAUCCCCCUAGGUGGCUUGGUAAUUUUUUGAUGUUUUUCGGUUUCGAGGUACUGUAAUACAGCAUUUUAGUUUUUUAGAUUAUAAAACAUUGUUUUUUACACUGGGCUUGAGGUCUAUUUGUCAUUAUUAUUAGCUUGUUUAGUAUGUUUUUGAUUUUUUUUUGAUAUUGAUAUGACUUGGUCUAAUUUCGCCCAUUUUCAGGAUGAAUCAUCGACUUCGGUCCAAUUCGAAUACAUUUACCCGACGUGUCUCAAACAUCUAGAGAAAAAACAUGCUGCAAAGAAGGCAAGGAAGCCCUCAAAACCCACUUAUGACGAAGAUUCCGAUGAAAAACAAGGCUCCACAUCUCACCAUGACGCCAAAACCGAUGAUUCUGAAGCUCACGGAAGCCGUCACGAACCCAAACGAGAUUCAAGAUAUCACCAUGUUCAUCCUGAAGCUGUUCCAAAUCGUUCCAGAGCUCAUCGUAGUUUACGACAGGCAAAGGAUGAUGAUACUGUAACCACAAUCGAACGUCAACUUCCACAACGUCACGAUGAGGCUGUAGCGGCAGAAGAAAGCAAAAAUGGUUAUUCAACAGAUAAUUCUGACUCAGUAUGGACAAAUUAUUCGUACUCGAGUUCCGACCGAUCGAUUUAUCUCGACUACCCGCCUAGUACUACAACUUCGGCAGCUACAGUACCAUCGGAUUCAGAAUCAGAUUCUGAAGUCAACGUGGGAAGGAGCUUGGAUUCAGAAGACAGUGACGGUUCAGAAAGUAUUUCUGAUUUAGAAACCACAUCGGAUUCAGAAUCAAACGAUAAAAACAUAGGCAACACAUCAAAUGAACUGUCAUCAGAAUUCACCUCAUCGUCGGCUAGUGACUGA